CUGAGACGAUGUUCUACUUUGAGAUUGAUCUGUCUUCAAGUGGACGUUAUCGCCUGGACUGGCUAUACUACAAACUUAGUCCUAAUGACACCAUAGCCUAUUCCCCCUGACGUCACUCACAACAAGACAUGGCACUAGAUGCCGACGUGGCGGACGGACUGACUGACUGGGCGGAAAACUCGGGAAAAUCAGAGACUGACCAAGGAAUUGAGCACCAUGUCACAGACCAAUGCUGGGGAGGAUGCCUCCUCUAUCUCUGACUUUGUAUUGUCCGAAGACAUGGGCCCACCCAAAGACAAGACUUCUUCAGAGCAGGAUAUUCCUUCUUGUGCAGAUGACACAGCUCCUCCCAUAAAUCCAAAACCUUCACUGGCUGGAGAUGAACCACAAGAGACUGAUUACCAUGAUGAGGGCAACUCCGCUAGUAUGCCACUAUAUCCUCAGGAUGACCAGCCAGGCACUGAGGCUGAGGGUCAGGUAGCUGAAUGCAGAGAGUCUGUGAACUUGGAACCUGAUGGAUCAGAGGAACCUGAGCCAUCCGUUGACACUGCAGGCAAAAGUUGGGGAGGCUGGGGUGUGUGGGGGAAGUCCCUUCUGACUAGUGCUACCUCCACUGUUGGCCAGAGCCUGAGUUCAGUGCGAGAGAAAGCGGGUGUGGCCCUGCGCCUGCCACAGGCUUCUUUGUGUGAAGAGGCCGAGGAGGCCGCAGGGUCCUGUGCUGAAGGCAGCAGACCAGAGGAGCUCACUCCACCCUCCACCUUGGCCUCUCCGCCGGCCAAAGGCGUGUUCUCCACCAUCACCAGCGCUGUGCAGAACACUGGCAAGUCUGUGAUUUCUGGUGGCCUGGAUGCUUUGGAAUUCAUUGGGAAGAAAACCAUGACCGUCUUAGCAGAGAGCGACCCGGGCUUUAAGAAGACCAAGACCCUGAUGCAGAAGACUGUGUCAUUGUCUCAGAUGCUGAAGGAGGCAAAGGAGCGAGAACGGGAAAGAUUAGGCAAUCAGUUGGUGUCUGAACCAACAGCCCACUAUAGCAUCCUGUUUGAUGACUAUCAGGGACUGUCUCACUUGGAAGCUCUAGAGAUCCUGUCCAAUGAGAGUGAGGCCAAGGUGCAGGCUGUACUGUCCAACCUGGGAGAGGAUGAGUUAGAUAAACUGAAGACAGAACUGGUUGCUAUAAAGGAGAUCUUCAUCAAAAGAGAUGAAGAGGAAGAGGCCCCAGCACUAGAGGAAAACGGUGAUCUACUUUCUUCCCAAAUAGGCUCCACCACCCACUUCUCUAAUGGGGAAGAAUUCGUCAGUGUUCUCACAGAGCUUCUCUUUGAGCUCCAUGUAGCUGCCACACCAGAUAAACUCAACAAGGCACGAGUCAGGGCACAUGACUGGGUGAAGGAGGUGGAGCAGCCUGUUGCCAUGGAGGCUGUUGAGGAAGCUGUUGUAGAAGAGAAAAGUGAGGAGUCCGCCCCCUCCACAGACUCAGGAGAGAAUGUGGAAGAAGGAAGCGUUUCUAGCGAAGGAAAGAAUGAGGAGAGGAGAGAGACCCAAGAGGAUGCUUCUGACUGCGUGGAGCACGUGUACCUGUCCUCAGUGGGUAGCUUGGCUGAAGUGACAGCACGCAGCAUAGAGCAACUUCAUAAGGUGGCAGAAUUAAUCCUCCAUGGACAAGACUUGGAGAAAGCAGCGAGUGAGCAAGCCUCCAUACUUGUCAGGUUGACAUUGGCUAUGUGUAAGGAGGUGGACUGCCUUGCCAGAAAGUUCUGUGAUACUUUACUUAGUAUGGGGUGUCACAGAAAAGCAGAAGAGUUGAACCCCCUUGUGGAUAGUGUGACUCUGGAGGGUUCAAACAGCACCACCUAUAUCCACAAUGCCUUCCAGCUGCUGCUGCCAAUCCUGCAGAUAUCACACAUCCAAAUCAGCAGGACCAAACAGCAUCCAGAUACAGUCAGCACAGACUAGCAUGCACACACCGUGAUUGUAGUAAUGGAUAGAUUCUGUGGCUAUAAUAUUUCUCAGUUGAUUCAUUGUGUGUGUGUGUGUGUGUGUUUGAUGUUGCUUGUGUGUGAAUGUGUUUGUAUGUACUAGAAGAGCUUUCUGCAAUAACUAAAGAAAAUGUAGAUUAAUGUCGGACUUUGUUCUAUUGCAUUGCCAAGAUUUCAGAGUUUUUUGUAAUUACUAAACAGUUGCUGGACGGGACUACAGUGCCCUCACCAUGUACUGUAAUGACAUGCCUGGUAAAGUUGACUUAAAAAGGUAUAAAAAUCAUCUUUUGGUGAGAAAAAAUAAUAUCUCGUAAAGAAAUACAAACUUUUAUCAAAAACAUGUGCCACAAUUACUGGCACCCCUAGAAAAUUAUAAACAAAAUAUUUUUCUUUUUCAUUUGUGCAGAGGUCAAAUGCCCUAGUCAUUCUUCAACAUGUGAAAGACAAGAGAAUACACAAUUCAAAUUAAGGGAGUGUGUUGACCUCUGUUAGUUAGGAAAUGGCUAUAAAAAUAGGUACUUGUGUUCUAUGGUCAGACGAAAUGAAAAGUAAGUGUUUUGGUAUUAAAACAAAGAACACUGUUGUAAAAUACUGUGUCAUCCUUAAAUACAGGGGUGUCAAUAAUCAUGGCACAUGUGUUUUGGUAAAAAUAUCUAUUUACUUCAGGGUUGGAUUUUUCUUCAUAAUAAAUUACCAAAAAUGCUUAUUAUACCAAUUUUUACACAACUUUGGCCAGGAUGCCAAUAAAUGUGGAGGGGCAGCUUUGGCCAAAUCCAUUAUAGCUCAAGAACCAUAUGCCAAAGGUUUUAGGUUAUACCUAAACAUUUUUGAGCCUUAAUUCUUGAUAUUGACAUAUCCUUAAUUCCAUACACCCACUAAAACUGAAGAAAUGUACAGUGACUCCAUUCCAUAAAACAUUUAUUUUACAUAAAUUAUAUUUCUCAUUUUUUUAAAUAAUACUAUACAAUAUUAAUGUGAUUUGCACUUGUUUACUUAUUUUGUUUAACAAAACAUGAGAACUCCCUCCAUACAAUAUGGUGCCAUUUGAAUAUACAAGCUACUACUCUGUCUAUGACAUUUCCUUGAAUCUUAAAAGAUUUUCAUUGGUCUAACUUGCGUUUUAGAACCGCUACUUUGUAAUAUAGACAAAAAUGUUACAAUUGGUGCCUAAGCUGUUUUACCAUCAUGAAAUUUAGAAAUUGAAUUGGUUCCCUUCUAUGUAUAUGUUGGGUGGAAAAUGUACAUAUCGCCAAUGUUUUUCUUUCACCGAAAGAGUAAAGAUUUAGAUAUAGAUAAGUUUUGUUGUUUUACGACACAGCUGUGUCUCGAAUAGGAACUGUGUCUGUUCACAAGAAUACAAAUCAAUCAGAUCAUGUCGUUACUUUUUCUUGAUUGGCUUAAGAAUUUGUAUUGAUGGCAAAACUCAUUAUCAGUAUUCUAUAUUUUGAUUCAGUAUUGAAUAUUUUGUCUGGAAGAUUUCAUCUUUAUAUUAUGAAGGGAAAUUUAGGAAGUGAAUAUUAUAUUUAAGAUGGCUUAGGCAGUAAUCAUUAAAGAAGCUUAUCUAAGCUUAUGUAUUUCACUCCAAUGUAAACUAAUACCUAUGUAAAAAAAAAUUAACUGUAUAUUUGAUUAUUCGGAUUGAAGCAUCUGCACAACAUAUAUAUUGCCCUCAGACAUGACUCCACAUGGAGGACAGUGACCUGAUAACGGGGCCGGCUACAGCAGAUGUGUGUCUGUAUGAGCGCAUAAUGCCCUACAGUUGCUUCUUGCUUAUCUACUCCUCCUGUGGACCUUGUAUGAGCUUGUAGAAACCCAUGUUUUAAUAUGUGAAUAAAAACAAUCCCACCUACA